UUAUUGAGCUGCGUUCAUAAGUGUGGUGGUUUGAGGGACAAAGAUUAUAGUCGAAAGACUGAUCGGAGGAGGAAGUGAGUGAACUCCAAGAGGCUGUCAGCGUGAGAAUAAAGACGGUUAAAAAAAGAGAAGAAAAGAACCACAUAACUCCGCGUGGUGGGAGUGUCCGCGCGAGCGGGGGACAGCCGCUCCGCUCCGCCGAGAGCACGACGUUAACUUGCCGGGACGCGGGGAAGCAAACGUCUGCCGUGUUCGACUCGGUUCUUUUCUCCGCCCCCCCCCCCUCCUUUUCCUCGGUGUCAUGUCAGUCCGUCGGGCCGCUUUGGUGCUCCUGUGCGCGGGGCUGGCGCUGACUUCACCGGAGCACGAGGACGUCCAGGAGAACAGCGCGAGGUGCACGUCCAGGUGCCUCAGCCUGCACGUGACCCAGCUGAGGGCUGCCUUCAAACACCUACAGAGUGACCAAGUUCUGGUUUGGUGUGAAAACCACAGACGCUGCGCGCAGUGCCUUCAACCAUGCAAAGAACUGUUGGAAACCAGGAAGGUGCUUUCUCCAAAGUCUUGUGAGAAGCAGACAGAGUGUGUGACGAGCAGAGAGUUUCUGACCUCGCUGAGGUUGUCUCGCCAAGGGGACUGCCCUCCCCCUCAGCGAGCCACUGGAUUCGCUGCAGCCUGCGUGGAGAGCUGCUCGCUGGAUAAGCAUUGUCCGUCCUCCAGGAAAUGCUGCCCUAAUGGCUGUGGACACACUUGCCAAGCCCCAGCCAAUCUAUAUAAAGGUGUCCCCCUGAAGCCUCGCAGAGAGAUGAGCUUUGGGGAGGAUCCAGAGGGCCGUGUGAAGGUAGUGUGGGUGUCAAAGUUCAAUGUCACCGUGGAGCCGGUCGUUUACAUGCUCCAGUCCCGCUGGAAUGCCGGGAUUCAUCCCAGUGAAGACCAUGCCUCUCCAUGGACCACCGUUGCCAUGACGCUCUCUGAAGAUGUGGUUCUGUUGGAUUUGAGGCCUCAUCGCUGGUACCAGUUCAGGGUAGCAGCCAUCAACAGCCACGGCAGCAGAGGCUUCACCACACCCAGCAAACACUACAUCUCCACUAAAGACCCUUCACCUCCAGAACCACCAAUUAAUGUCAGAGUGAGCAACCAAACUCUGGACUGGACGGCUUCCCAAACAGGCCCGCAGCUCACUAAGAGGUCGGGGGGAAGUGGAGUCACGGUGGCGGUGUUUUUAAGCUGGGAGCCCCCGAGAGAGGGAGACCUGCCGGUCCACAACUACAGAAUCACCUGGAUGUCUCGCCACGCACACACAGCGCACAAACACACACAAACGUUGCAUACACACACGCACACUGUGCACAAUAAUAUGCACACACGACGUACACACUCACGCACACCAGAGCAGAGUAAAAAGGAAAGCAGCAGCAGAAUUACUCAAGGGGCGCAGUGUGAGCUGUGGCUGCUGGGUUUGCUGCCUGCUACUUCCUACUUCCUGUCUGUCCAGACAGUGGCCUACUGGGGCCAGAUGAGGCUGAAAAGUCACAGAGCCCAAAUUGUCUUCACCACCAUGACUCAUACAGCUGAAGAGUUCUCCAACGAGCUCCCUUUUUCCUCUUCAUCAUCUCUUCCCUCCUCUCCCUCCCUCUCAUCCUCCUCCCCGUCUUCCUCUGACCUUCCCCUUUUCUCCUCUUUGCCUCUCCCUGAAUCCCCCCUUAAUCCUGUCCCCGCUGGCAACCUGCGCCUGGAGGUCGCUGCCCCUCAUUACCAUGACAACCAGCUGCAGGUCAAGGUGUUCUGGAAGUGGCCUUACCAGGGCAGGCAGCGGCAUCCUGGUUCAUACAUUUUGCGGUGGCGUCCACAUACCUGCACCACUAAUGUAACAAGCACAGAGAAAACAACAACUGUGCAGGGCACCCAUCACACCAUCAGAGGCCUGCUGUUUGCCUGUAAGUACCGGGUCGCCGUGGCGAUGAAGGCUGACCAAGGGUCGGAGGCUGUUGCCUGGGUUACAACACCAACUUGCUCCUCCAUCAGGGUCAGACGAGGCAAAGCUUUGACCUGCAACACUGAAGAGCGCCUCCUGGCCGGCAGAAAAGUGGUACUGCGUCCAGAACGACUGACCGCAGACUUUCAACAAGUAAACGGCACCCUACUCAUGAAGCUUCGCUGGAGGAUAUCCCAUCAUGCACUGGACUUGGCUGCUGUGGAGGGGUUCCAAUUCACCUGGACACUGCAAUCAGGAGUUAACAUGGCAAUGGAAGGGCAUGAAGACACACUUAUCUCCCAGACACAGACCAUUGCACCUUCUCAGCGGUUGGUGAUGGUUCGUGGUCUUCAGGCUGACAGUGUUUACCAGCUGCAGCUCCAGGUGUUAACAGCAGAGGGCAGCAACGGCGCCUCAGUCUCCAAGACCGUACACACUCCAGCCAUCACUGCCUCACUUUGAUAGGCCCAAACCCCACAGCUGUCACCGUCUACCACACAAAUCUCAUCUUCAUAAACAUGAACUUCUACAACAAAAUGGUGUAAAAAUUGUAAAAAAUAACUUUACACAUAUGUGAUGCUUGUUUUGCAUCAUGUAUUUAACACACAUGUAUCCUUAAACCAUAUUUGUUUUAUUUUUUUAUAACGGAAGCCGCAACAAUUUAAAAAAUAACUAUGAUUGGCAUUAUUGCCACAGCAAUGCUGGGCAUGCCUGUGCAAAGCAAGACUCCUUGCCGAUUAAAGUAAUCAGGUCAUUUCUAAUCCUUUAACAUCACUGGAGCCAAUUGUUAGUUGUAAAGAGACUUAUACUGUCUUUUGUUUUGAAGUAGAGAAUGAUAUAGCUGAGCAUAUGUACAAAUAGAAAUAUAUAGCAACAGGCUGACUGUAUUCAUUUCAAUGCAUAAUCUGCUGCAUUAUUUUUUUGAAGCCAGAAUGUGUGAAGCCUUGAAUAAAGCUGAAAUAUAUUCAAUAAUAAUAAUAAUGUUUAAAUGAGCAACAUAUUCACUUAAAUCGUUUUUAAUUUGCAUUGUUGACAAAUUUGGGGUAUUCUGCAACAUAACUUUCCGUAAUCAUAAACUCGUUACACUACAAUAUGACAUUUACAUAGUUAGUAUAGAUAUUCCUGUGUUAGAUAUUUCUUUGUUUUGCUAAAGCAUGAGCCCUAUUUUCAAAUGGGAAAUUACUGGUGUCAAGCAACCAUAAGUUAUCAUGUUAAUAUUGUGUCAUAUGUAACCAAUUUUUAGCUAGUGAAAAUGUACUUAAUCACAUAUCUUUUUAAUUAUUAGUUUAAUUUAUUUUUUCCUGUCUUUUUUGUAAUUAAAUAUUACCAAAAUACAA